AUGGAUUCCAUCGACGCCUUCGGCGUGGAAACCAAAGUCUAUGGCGGAAUCCCUCUCCCAAAUCGUGUUGAGACAGACAAACUCCUUGCUUUCAUGGUAACCCGUGCCGAUCCAUCUCCAGGAGUCCUCGCGCGUGCCUCUAUCAAGAAAGGUGAUCUUAUCUUCAAGGUCAAAGACCCUCUCGCCAUUGUGGGAGACACUCCAGAGGCUUUACGGAAAACUUGCGACUUCUGCUUUGCGACUGUGUUUCCAAUUGGCGGAGAGGAUACAUGGAUGACAACGGAUGGCAAGAUCGAGAACAAGCUACAGCCUUGCACUGGAUGUGCUGUAGUAUACUACUGCAACGAGAACUGUAGGGCAUCAGCUUGGGAGCACCAUCACAGCCGCGAAUGCCAUUCCUUCGAUACCCUCAGACAAAUGCAGUAUAUCAAAGCUCACAGGGGAGACCUGCAUAUGCUCAGUAGUGCUAAGUUUCGACUCCUUUUGCGCUAUGUCCUUCUCUUUCCCAAGUAUAAGAUCGUGUAUGAAGCUUUCGACUACUGUCUUCCGGGCCAAACAAACCUCUUGCUGGAUCCGCACUUCAAGAAUGGUUUAUACUUGUAUCUUGCCAGACUCACCAAAAUGAUCAUCGGAACCCAACUUGACGAGGCAACUCUCCAACACAUUCUUGCCACAUUUGGCUACCACGCCAGUCCUGUAGCUCUCCCUCUUGUCAAAGCACAUUCGACAUGCGUCUUCAUGGAAGCUAGCUCAACAGCUAUGGUUGGAAUAUGCGUCGAACCCUUCGUUUCUUAUUGUGCCCACGACUGCAACCCAAAUUCCAUGCUCAUAUUUGAGGGAAACGAAUUGCGCGUACGGGCAACCAGGAAUAUCUCCAAGGACGAGGAAAUCACACUGAACCGCGCGGGAGAUCGACCUGACCACGAAUUCCGUCGACAAUUCCUGAAGAACAGACACCUCAACUGUCGAUGCUGCCUGUGCAACUCUCCCUUGCCAGCUCCAACUGGUUAUUUACGUCUUCAAACCUUGAAGUUGUGCGCUCUCGGAACAAUGAAGGCUGCUAACCGCAUCGAAGACAUUGAACGAGGCAUCCAAGCUAUCUUGACAGCUAGAUUCGGCUAUGGAUCUCUCCACAUGCAUAAACUGCACGAGAUACUUGCCAGUGCGUACGCAGUAAGAGCCGAGUAUGCUACAGCGCUGAAGAUCUGCCUCAAGAUGUUCUACGUUAUCGAGCCUCUUAUCCUCAACAUGCACUUGGAGCCGUUCCCCAUUCAUGUUCGAGCCUCGACUUUGUUUCGCGUCACAUGUUUGCUUGAAUCCGAUGCUAUAAAGCCUCCCCCACACAUCCCACGGCUCCCUCGUAACAUCCAAGUUCUGGUACCAAAAGUCAGCAUGCACCUCAGGAAAAAGCUGCUAAACUUGUUCCCAUUGUCCUUCGGCGAAGAUGCCAUUGCAGUUCGACUGGAAAGAAACGCAUUGGAGCGAAACAUGGACUAUUUGAUGAUUGGGAGGAGGCAUCAAGGUUUGCUCUGGAGAUAUGUACCUCUCGAAGAGAGCGUGGAGGAGAAGACAGUGUUUGUGAACAGCAUGAAUGAGCUCUUGGCGUGGGCAGGGAUUGAGAAGUUGGAGGAGAGACAUCUCGUUUGAAUGAAACGGAUUGUGU